AUGGACGCCUCGGAGAAUGAGAUUGACGUGUAUUUGCACAAGCAUUCCAAGGUCUUGCUCGACGAGUUGGACCAGAGCCUGGUGACUUGUCUGCGGAAACCGGAUGGGCGAGGGGGAACUCGUAUCCGGCCAUGGGUGCGCAUCAGGGAGACGCUGAAAGCCACCAGUGUCUUGGAUCAAUUCCAGGAACUGCCUCAGCUGCUGGAUCCGCAUCUGCCCAAAUGGAUUCCCUUCCUGGCUGAGUCUUACCUGGAGUAUCUGCAGACGCGGCAUCGCCAGAAGCGCAUUCCCGAGCAUACGAACAAGCUGCUCGCUCCUUUGGACUACGCCAUCUCCCAGAUCCUCUACUCGUUCUGCAAGGUGCGCGGCGAGAAGGUCAUUGUGCGCUUUCUCAACGUCGAGACCAAGUAUCUGGAGCUGAUCCUCUCUGCGGUCGAGGAGGCUGAGGCUGAGGCAGACAAAGUGAAGGACAAGAAGCUCGAGCAGACGAUCUCUUCUUCUUCUUCUUCUACUUCUGCUUCUUACAAGAUAUGGUCUUGGGAGCAGCGGUACAUUGCGCUGCUUUGGCUUUCUCAUCUCUUGUUCGCGCCGUUUGACCUGUCGACUAUUUCCUCCGCCGACCUGGACGAAGGUGGCGUACCGCCCAUUGCCGGGCUCAGCUGGCCGCCAAACGUGCCGGGUCUUACGAUGAGAGUCAUCCCCCUUGCCAUCAAGUACAUUGCCUGCGCGGGAAAAGAACGAGAUGCUGCCAAGGCUCUCCUGGUGAGGCUCGCAAUGCGGCGGGAUAUGCAGCAGCUUGGCAUUCUUGAGAGCCUUGUGCAGUGGUCGUUGAAGUCACUGCGGCCGCAGAAGGAGGAUGAAGUGGACAACCCUUAUUUCUACAUCGGCGUGCUUUCUUUCCUGGCUGGCAUACUGCGCUCUUCGUCUGAAACGUCUUACAUGGACAAGUAUCUGUCUACCAUAUUCGAAUCCAUGCUUGAACUUUCAGCCAGCGAGGAUGCAAUCUCCAAAGUCAUCAUGUCUCAAGCGUCAGCACGAAAGAUGAUGCUCAAGGUUGUCCGCUCACUCGUCGUUUCGCUGCUGCGGAAUUCCCGACGGGACAUGAAAGCCACCGUCUUGGUGGAGAAUGCCAUUGGAUAUUUCCUCGAGAGUCUCUCCGAUAACGACACCCCAGUUCGCCUGUCUGCUAGCAAAUCGCUUAGUAUUAUCACGCUCAAGCUAGAUCCCGACAUGGCAUCCCAAGUUGUUGAAGCCGUCCUGGAGUCCCUAAACCGUAACGUGCUUUGGAACAAAACGUCAAGCAAGCCAGGGGCCAACCGAGUUCGCGAUUUGUCUGCAGUGAAUCCGUUAGAAUGGCACGGUCUGAUGAUGACUCUGUCUCACUUGCUGUAUCGAAGAUCUCCGCCAGCCAGCCAGCUCUCCGACAUCUUCCACUCUCUUCUCUUGGGAUUGACGUUUGAGCAGCGUGGUAUUUCAGGGGCGAGUGUGGGAGCCAAUGUUCGCGACGCGGCCUGUUUUGGAAUAUGGGCUUUGGCUCGUCGGUACACAACCUCUGAGCUGCUCGCUGUGCCUACCAAGUCUGUCUACGCGGCUAAAGCUCAUCCUCCAUCGAGUUCUGUUCUACAAGUUCUGGGAACAGAGCUGGUGACAACAGCAUCUUUGGACCCAGAGGGAAAUAUCCGGCGUGGAGCUUCGGCUGCGCUGCAAGAACUUAUUGGUCGCCAUCCAGAUACCGUAGAGCAUGGCAUUGGAGUCGUCCAGUGUGUGGAUUACCAUGCCGUAGCCCGGAGAUCGCGCGCCGUUCAAGAAGUUGCGCUUGGUGCAACAAGGCUGUCGGGGCAGUACGGCGAGGCUGUUGUUGAUGGCAUCCUAGGCUGGCGAGGAAUUGGCGACAUGGAUACGACUUCGAGACGAGCUGCUGGCGCUGCAUUUGGCACGCUGAUGGUAGAAUUAUCCGAUGUAAUAUCAGAAACGCCAUUUGCUCGCUUCGAAGAAUCGAUCGACUCGGUGAUGGACCGCUUGAGCAGCUUGCAAAAGAGACAAGUGGAGGAACGACACGGUUUGCUGGCAUGCUUUGCCGGUGUGUUGGAUGGUUUACCUGAACUCGCACGCAAGGCUGAGCCAAAGUCUCUGGAUCAAGCUACCGUCCGCAAGAUUUUAACCCACGUGUCCGCGAUUCUUGAAGAUUGCAAUACCACCGAGUAUCGCAAGCCAGAGCUUAUUGUGGAAGCAGCAAGCCGUUUGGCUGUAUCCUCUCUACCUAUCGUACAGCUCGCGUCUUUCAGCGACUUGCCUUAUGAGCGUCUUGAAAGGGGAGCUGAUAUUCUAUCUGUGGAUAAAACUCAUGGAUUGCCAGAUAUCGUCUCUGCUUUUAGCUCGGCUCAGCAGGUUCCUGAAGUUGAGACAUUGAUUUCCCGGCUACGCAACGUAAUUCUAAAAUGGCUCAGCAGAAAUGAGCAAGAGUCUGUUCAACAUGCUUCUGCAGCUGGUCUGAUGCUUCUCUUGCUUUCUUCACCCGAACAACGCACUGAAACGUUGGAGCAAUGGGCCAAGGUGAUCGCAGCCAAGCCUGGAAGCCGUGCAGCAGCAACUGGCAAUGGAUACUAUCACGUCAUGGCCAUGGCGCAGCCCCUUGCUCACAGCUCACAGGACGAUGUUAGUGGAAACGACAUUGUAUGUGCUGCGUUCCUCGAACGAUGGAGAGUUGAUAGCGAGAUUGAAACUAGAGUUUCUAUUCUGCAAAGUCUUCUGAGCAGCCGUAUUCUCAGUGACAAGCCAACUGUCUUCUUGGACCUUCUUGCGGAUGGACUGAACGAUUAUACAACAACAGCUAGAGGUGAUGAAGGUUCCUUGGUGCGAUUUCAGACUCUCAAAGCCAUCACAGUUCUGUGGGGAGAUAUUGGCCGUCCCGAUGCUCAAGGAGACUGGGUGGCGGCAUCUGUUCGGAAACUGAUUCACAAUAUUCUGCGGCUCUCUGCUGAGAAGCUGGACCGAGUGCGCCGUGUGGCCAAGGAUGUUAUUGCGCUACUCAUGAACGAAGGUGAUGUUGAUGAACUUAAGGACUCGAUUCAACCAUCUAGAAAGACGUAUCUCACCAACCACCUGAGUUUCUCAUCAAAGGCCUACUUUUCUCUACUCUUGGACCUCAUCCACAAGGACUCUCUACACAAGCACAUAAUGGACAUAGUCAAAGACGAUACAAACGCCUGGAUGGCCGGCCUCAUGGCCGGGUACGUAUCCUCAGCAGACACAGGCAACGAAGACCUCAUCAUCGACAGCCGCGCAGCCCUCACAGACUACUGCGAGCAAUCGCCCGAGAAGCUGCAGCUAGUCUGCUCCGCGCUGCUGCACAACCUAAAGACCUGCCAGGGCGAAGACCGAAUCAUUGUGCCAACUCUGGAGAUCAUCGCGUUCCUCUUCCACGUGGGACUCUUCCAGCGCUGCAAAGGCAUCAAUUACCGUAGUCUCUGCUUGCAGACCCAAAAGGCGGGAUACAAGACUGGAAACGUGCGCAAAGUCGCGGCCUGCAUCAAGGUUUACGGCGGAAUUGCUGCUGCUGGGGCUGAAAGCGCCGGAGACAACGUUGAGAUUGGCGUAAAGGAUGCCCGCAAGAGGCUCGGCGCGCUCAUGUCUCACCCGUGGCCGCGAAUCCGCAGCGCGGUGGUUGAUGAGAUAUGGGGGCUUGUGGAUAGUGGAGAGCUGGCUGCGGAUGGGCAUGAAGACGGGCAUGGUUUGACGGGCGUCGAUUGGACGAGCGCGGAUAAGAGUCGGGUCAAGACAUUGGUGACAGAGCUGAAGUUGGAGUAG